AGAUUCUACUUCAUGGAGAAGUCCGGAUGGGAGAAGUUUGUGAGGGACAAUGCCUUGGGAAGAAAUGAGUUGCUUUGCUUCACUCACAAAGGAAAGAUGAACUUUAGUGUGAACAUCAUGAUGCAAAUUGGCAAGGAGAUGCUUCAACCUCCACAAGCCAGAGACUUCUUGGCUUCUUCGAGUAAGUCGCUUUUAAAACUGAACAAGAUGGAUCUAAUGGAGGAGGCAUGUACAAAAAGGAAGCUCAACUUUGGGGAGAAGAAAGCUGAGGAGUCCCAAAAUACCCAGAGGAGUGAGAGAGCGUUUAGUAUCGGGAGAGAUUGUGUUGUCUGUAUGUUUUCGAGAUAACGACGCUGAAUCCUGCAACAGAAGAAGAAGAAUCGCAUGCAUGAUCUCUCCGGAUACUAAACGCUCUCUCACUCCUCUGGGUAUUUAAGAGAAAGUGAUUGUAUUGAUUUGGUUUGAUUUCCCACAGAACUCAAUUUCACCAGAUUGUGUUGUCUGUUCUGUGAAAAAAGGAUACUCUUUUUAUAGCAAAUUUUUGAUUCAUGAGUUAUUGUAUUCACUGUGAUAGUUGUUUAGUAGUGUAGUGAUUUCAUAUUAUUAUGUUUACUCUUGGAUUCUUA